AUGCCUUUCAGCAGUACUAACCUCUUGUUCCCUCCACUCACCACAAAUAUCUUCAGUAAAACAUUCUCCACAGACUCACAGGAACCUUUAUUAGUGAAAAUGAGCAGACAUGACAACAGUGGCAGUAUUGGAUCAUUGACUGCUGCAAUUCAACCAAAAAUUCCCACUCUUGAGGUUUUUCUGGAUCAAUGUAAGAUAUUAGAAAGCCAUGAAAGCCUGGUCAAAGCUGGAUGCACUGUAACUGAGGAAAUGUUCCAGCUAUUUGUCAAGUCUGAGGAAAAAGUACUUGAUGACUAUAUUCCCAAGCUGUCAUUGAAUAUUUUCCAACAAGCAGCUUUCAAGGAUGGUAUCCUAAAGCUCAGGGCAACUCCAA